AUAUUUUUGGCAUCUCGCAGAAAUCGAGGAGUAAGAGAGCGGAGGCCGGACGGAGCACUUUCUUUCUAUCACUCGGUUUCUUCCCUCGAUCUCCCUCUCCAUUGGCCUUCCCAAAUCCCGUUCCUCCCUUACCAAGAAGAAGACAAGAAGAAAUCACGACAAUUCAAUCUUCUCCUCGCCGGAGCUCCCACUCCCGCUCGGAUCUUCAUCUACCCGCCGCCGUCCUUCUCCACGAUGCAGAACGAUACCGAGGAGCCGGCCAGGCAGCAGGAAGAUGGUUGCGAGACUGAGACGCAGUCGUCCUCCUCAUCCGUCGCCGCCGCCAAUCUUUCUCAGUCCGAACACGAACAGCCGCCGGAAGAGAAUUGGUCCAGUUUCGCCGACAACGAUAUCAUGCAACAGCACUCCGAUAUCAGGGAUGCUGAAGCCCAUAAACUGCCUUUCCUCGGCGAUAAGGAGCCUCUUUCAGCAUUAGCCGCCGAAUAUCAGUCCGGCAGUCCUAUUCUUCUGCAGAAAAUAAAGCUGCUCUCCGAUCAGUAUGCUGCCAUCAGGCGAACUCGGGGAGAUGGAAAUUGCUUCUUCCGCAGUUUUAUGUUUGCCUAUCUCGAACACAUCCUUCAAACGCAGGAUCGCACAGAAGUUGAUCGUGUCAAGCUGAACGUUGAAGAAUGCAGGAAAACCCUUCAGAGUUUGGGUUAUGCUGACUUUACCUUCGAGGACUUCUUUGCGCUAUUCCUUGAGCAGUUGGACAAUGCCCUUCAAGGAAAUGAUGAUUCGAUAAGCCAUGAGGAGCUUGUAACCAGAAGUAGAGAUCAGUCAGUAUCAGAUUACAUUGUCAUGUUUUUUAGGUUUGUAACCUCUGGCGAGAUAAGAAAGCGGUCAGCAUUCUUUGAACCGUUCAUUCUGGGUUUAACAAAUGCCACAGUAGAGCAGUUUUGCAAGUCAUCAGUGGAGCCUAUGGGCGAAGAGAGUGACCAUGUUCACAUUACCGCUCUAUCAGAUGCCCUUGGGGUUCCAAUUCGUGUUGUAUACCUUGACCGCAGUUCUUGCGAUACUGGUGAAGUUGCUGUAAACCAUCAUGAUUUCGUGCCUGCUUCUGACGGUAAUCCUGCAAAGGUCGCUGAAGGCACUACCAAACCCUUUGUCACAUUGCUCUACCGCCCUGGUCACUAUGACAUUCUCUACCCAAAGUGAACAACUGCUGAUUGUAGGAGAGGGACUGUCGAUAAUACCCCUGUGAAACCAUUCAGCAGUCUUUGGCGGAGUCCAAAUUGUGAAAAGCUGAGACUGGCAGAUUCCUGUACCAGUGCAUGCUGUAUCAUCGAUGAACAUUCAAGUGCGUAUGAACACCAUCGAUAGGGGUUAGGAGAUGUGUUCAAAAUUCUUGUGGCAGGCAUGAGUUUCAUUUCAGGAUUGAACUUUAUCCUUUGUGUCUGUCUGUCUCUGUCAUGCUGCAAUUGGCAUUUGAAGAACAAGCAUCACUUGAACUUAUGGAGUAAUGGUUUCAUGUUGACUCUAAUCAAGCUUUUGCAAAAUUGAAUACAUCUUUGUUGUGGCGAGUAUCAGCUCUGUUCAAGUGGUGCAAGCGUGUUUCCUCGCAAGCUGCAACCUGCAAGUUGCUCUUUAUAAAGCUUACACUGUUCAUUGCAAGACGCAAAACCUCAAAAUAAAUGUUUUAUCCCAGUUAGAAGUUCACAAUAAAUAUUCCCAUGUGAUUUCUUAGGCUUAUUAAACCUUUGUUUUCACGGC